GUGCAUCUUUGUCGUUAUUCUUGGAAAAUAGAUAGGAAUAGCGUCAACUCAGCGAUUAUUGAAGCAAUGCACUUUUUACGAUACACAAGCAACGAUUAUUUCGACGACGAUGUGUCUUAAUUAUCACUUUGUAUGGCUAUUACUGUGCGAUAUUCGGGUCAUGGGUCAUCUUGAGUCGCUGAUAAACUAAAAACACACAUCGCACAUUGAAAGCGAUGAAAUUUCCUUUGAAUAAAAUACUGAUGUCAUUCAGAGAGUAUUUGAUUUUGAUUGUGGAAGGCAAAAACGUAUGAAUUUCAUUCAAAUUUCUAAGUGAUUCGUCGAAUUCAAAAAUCAUGGCAAAUAUUCUAAAAUUUGCAUUGAAUUUGUGCUUUUUGUUGGUUAUCAUAAACGAAUGCAAUGCAGGCCAUUGUAUCCGGCCCAAAAAUCUAAAACGAAGCAUGAAAAAAAGCGGAGACGGUGGAUAUCGUGUAUUCAUUGAUGGACAACCGAAAGGAUAUCAAUCAGGAAAAAUUUAUAAUGUAUUUUUGGUGGCACCGCGUGUUAAUAACGAAUAUACGAAAGAAUUUACACAAUUUCGUAUUUAUGCACGCUCAGCUGUAAGUGCUGAUCUGUUAAAACCACGAUCCGCAACAAUGAAUCCCCGUCGCGUUGGUCGUUUUCAACUAUUCGACGAUCCAGCCGCUGAAUUUAAUGCUGAUUGUGUGAAUACAAUUAAAGAGACUGACACAACACAAAAGUCAGAAGUUCAAUUCAUGUGGGUCGCACCAGCGUCUGGAUCUGGUUGUGUUGCCAUUUCGGCAAUGGUUUAUGAGAAAUCACAAUCAUGGUAUGCAGACGGUGAACAGCUUACGCAAAUAAUUUGCGAAGGUGAACCAGCCCAUGGCGACGUAGCACAAGAAUGUUGUGCUUGUGAUGAAGCAAAAUAUCAGUUGACAUUUGAAGGAAUUUGGUCGAAUGAAACACAUCCACGUGAUUUUCCAUUUGCCGUUUGGCUAACACAUUUCUCCGAUGUGAUUGGUGCAUCGCAUGAUUCGAAUUUUUCAUUUUGGGGUGAAAAUCAUAUCGCCACCGAUGGUUUCAAGCAAAUGGCCGAAUUUGGUUCCGUUCGCCAAUUGGAUUUUGAACUUCGUGCAAAAGGACCCAGACUUCGUACACUUAUCAAAGCGGCCGGUUUAUGGUAUCCAAAUGUAAAUACAAACACAUCGGCCAAUUUCCGUGUUGAUCGUAUUCAUCACAAAAUGUCAGUGGUAUCAAUGUUUGGCCCGUCACCCGAUUGGGUUGUCGGCGUAAGCGGAUUGAAUUUAUGCCAAAAAGAUUGCACAUGGAAAGAUUCACUUGACAUCGAUUUAUAUCCAUGGGAUGCUGGCACUGAUAAUGGCAUCACUUAUAUGUCGCCCAACUCGGAAACAUUCCCACGUGAACGAAUGACACGCAUAACCACAAUGUUCCCAGAAGAUCCGCGUCAACCUUUUUACAAUCGAUAUUCAUCGGAAAUGAUUCCAUUGGCACGAUUAUAUAUUCGAAAAACAAAAAUAGUACCGCGAAAUUGUGACGAUCAAUUUAUACAAUCGCAAGUUUUAGACGUUUCCGAAAAUACCGAAGAUGAAGCAUCACGACCCGAAUGCACUGUUUCUGAAUACACACAAUGGACACCGUGCUCGGCCUUGUGUGGCAAAGGAAUUCGAACCCGAACUAGACACUAUCUUAACGAAAAUCAAGCAAGGGCAGCCGAUUGCAAUCGUCAGUUGGUCAGCAAAGAAAUGUGCGUGGCUGCCAUUGCAGAGUGCAGGUCGGAGGAUGACGAUGAAGGUGAAGAAAAUUUGGGCUUGAGUGCAGCCAAUGUCGAUGCGGCUGGAGAAGGUAUUGGCGUGUGUCGUACAACACCUUGGACGGAAUGGUCACCGUGUUCGGCCACAUGCGGAAUUGGUAUUUCAAUGAGAACACGAGCAUUUGUUGAGAAUUCGGGACGUAAGAAGUGUCCGCAUGUUAGCACAGUCGAAAAAAAUAAAUGUAUGCAGCCCGAAUGCUCUGUAAAUGACAUCGAAGUGCCGGAUCCACAGUGUCCAGUGACACAAUGGAGCGAUUGGUCACCAUGUAGCAAAACUUGCGGUGAAGGUGUUACCAUUCGUACACGCUUGUUCCUUGGCGAUGAAUCAAAACGUGGAGAAUGUGAAAAACGUAAACAGUUCCAUCAACAGCAAGUAUGUACUCAAAACCAACAAUGCACCAUGAGUCGCAACGAAGCUAAAGAAAUGUGUUCAUUGCCAGCUGAUGUGGGACCAUGCCGUGGAGUUUACGAUCGAUUUGCAUUCAAUCGUCAACAGAACCGUUGCAUUCCAUUCAACUAUGGUGGUUGUCGUGGAAACAAAAAUAACUUCUUCUCGCUUGCCGAGUGUCAAAAGACAUGCCAAAAUGUCUUUUAAUUUACAUAAAAAAAAUGUAUACUCUUAACAAUUUAUUUGUCUAUCAAAACGAUUUUUUAUUCAAAUAAAGUUACAAAGCAUUUUAAAUGGCUUAAAAA